CUGCCACCAAGCGUGUGUGUGUGUUAGCUCAUGUCCGUGCAUGUGUUUGUGGGUGUCUCCAUUAGCUCACUCCUAAAAGUAGAAAUAAUACAAUUGAUAGAGUGCAUUUCCAUGUUAUCCAUGCUUUCACCAAUGCAGUUGUCAUGGCAUGCAGUAUAGACUGUUGAUGCUAAAAGGUAUAUCAACUAAAGGACAUGAUGUUUGUACAAUUCCAUAAGGAAUAAUGCCAUGGAUUUCCCACAGUCUUAGUUAUUACCUUGACAGCGUAUGUUUGUAUGUAAUACUAUACGUAUAAAUGUAACUGCAUGCAUGAUUUAUCCCAUCUACUAGGUAUGUUGUUUCAGUUGCAUUGUGGGCCUAAUGUUUAGGCAGAGAAUUCUGUGUAAGUUAGCAGUCAUCAAUAUUUAAUAGCUGUAGGUAUUAUAAAAUUCUUUGUAGGCUAAUGUAGCUUGCCAUCUUACAUGCAAUGGCUUGAACAGGCGCCAGACCACUGUUAGGGAUAUGGAGGAGAUUGACAGACGUUUUAGUUGCGUGACAGUGUCACCUCAGCCAGCCAGCUCCUACUCCCUCACUCUCCCCCUCUCUCUCUAUCCAUUUCUCCCUUCCUCUCUCUAGUGAUCCUGACCUGGAUUUCCUGGUUUAGUCAUGGAGGGGGCAGCCAGGGAGCCAGGAGGGUGGGAAUACGCUAAUGAGGUGGCUUGGGGCCAAUUUCCCGCCCAUUUUCCUCCCUGACCCCCUUGUGCCGCUGGUGAAUAUACUGUAUCUUUGUGCUGUGAACACGCAAAGGCUGUCAGACAGCAGGGACUCUCACACGCACUCUGGGCACAGUCACUUCUGCUCUGUGCUCUCCCUCUCUUGUCGUCCGGAAGAUGCCACCGCACAGGGAAGCAGCAGAGCGGAGCAGGAGCAGGGGCAGCCUGGUACUGUACUGCCUCUCUCUCCCCUGUGUUUCCCAGGGAGAAAGGUGUAAACACUGCCUCUCUCUGGACACAGAAUGCAGGAUCCACACACCAUUUAAUCAUAGCUUGAAGAAAAAGGGAGAUAGGAAAUGAUGCUGUAAAAAAAGUUAAAUAGCUCAAAAACUGAAAAUAUGAACGCUUUAGGAACAUGUCACCACAGUGUGUGUGUACUGUACUGCCUCUCUGUGUGUGCAUAUUGCAGUAAUGAGUUCAUAUCAGUAUGAAUUGAAAUCUGAAUUGUGAGAAUUGUUCUUUUGGAAUGGAGAAUGUUACCUUUUUAAUGUACCCUAAUCGUCUGAUAUAUAUUUCAUUUUUAUUUCACCUUUAUUUAACCAGGUAGGCAAGUUGAGAACAAGUUCUCAUUAUCCAAUUGCAACCUGGCCAAGAUAAAGCCAAGCAGUUCGACACAUAUAACAACACAGUUACACAUGGAGUAAAACAAACAUACAGUCAAUAAUACAGUAGAAAAAUAAGUCUAUAUACAAUGUGGGCAAAUGAGGUGAGAUAAGGGAGGUAAAGGAAAAACAUUUUUUUUGAUUACUUAUCAUACACUCCACAUCUACAGUAAUAAACCUGUUAGUCCCUUGGAAGUUGUCUUUUUUUCUCUCGUCCAGCCAUCCAGGAGAAGCCAUGCAGAAAGCACACCAUGGAGUCGCCUGUGAACCACCAGGAUACCAGAAAAGAGAGCCUGUCCAUGGGGACCUCGGGGACCAGCAGCAGCGUGGUGGAGAGUGACCUCUUACUGGAGUCCCUGACUGGGUUUGCCUUGGUGGUGAGCACAGAUGGGUUGAUCUUCUACACCUCCACCUCCAUUGUGGACUACUUGGGCUUUCAUCAGACGGAUGUGAUGCACCAGAAUGUUUUUGAUUAUAUCCAUGUGGAAGAGCGGCAGGAGUUCAGAAGACAACUCCACUGGGCCAUGGACCCCGGGCCCCAGGGGGCCUCCCUGGACCAGCACUCAGCCACAGGAAUUGGUGAUGACCUUGUGAUGAGCAGUCUCUUCCAUGCCCAGGAGCCUGACGGUGUUCCUCUAGAGCGCACCUCCUUCCUCACGCGCUGUUUCAUUUCCCGAGUCCGUUGCUUGCUGGACAGCACCUCAGGCUUCCUGAGCAUGCAGUUCCAGGGCAGCCUGAAGUUCCUGCAGGGCCAGAAGCAAAAGACAGACUCCGGGGCACUGCUGCCCCCCCAGCUGGCCCUGUUCUGUGUGGCCAUGCCCCUCAUGAUUCCCUCCAUCACAGAGCCGAAGAUGAAGAACACGACGAUCAGGAACAAGAACAAGGGCCCCGUCAUCCCCACACCAGAUAAGCACAGUGACAAGAGGCAUCGAAGCACCAGAGGUUCAUGUGACAGCAGUGACUUAUUGCUUCUGAAUUGGUCCAGCAGCUCUACCAGAGACCCCUGCCACUACACCCCAUGGGCACCCCUCUCCAAAGACGGCAUCAGGUAUAGGAACAAUGGUUACUACACCCAGGAGGAGCCCAUCAACUUCUGCCUGUCUUCCAUGGGUGGUGGGCCCAAAGCUCAGAGCGUGAAUCAUCCAUGGGACAUCCGCACCGGGUCCACCAUAAGAAAGGGCCCCAGCAGCAGCUACAUACCAUGCAGACAAGGCAAGUACAACAACCUGGGGAAGUCUGGAGCUUACAGGAUGUCUCCAGGAUAUCACGCUAAAAGACAGGAUGCCUCUCAGAACAAACUGUACGGAGGCCUCCACAGCCCAGAGGCGGAGAGCUUCUGUGAGGACGGCAUGAAGGCAGACAACAACUACAUGGGCGGCCAUCUUGACUGUUACAAUGGCAUGGUGUUGCCUGAAACAGCCAUAAAGACAGAGCAGGACUCUGACUCUGAGAACGGUUGCAACAUCUACAGCAUGCCCCACAACCUAGCCUGGGUGGGGAAUGAGAAGCGCUACAGCAUGGCCUACCCAGAAGAACCACAGGUGAAGUCGGAGGCUGACUACUAUGACCAAUACACCACCUGCCAAAGGAACAAGUCCAACAUGAGCCCAACGCUCAACGGAUACCACAAAUACAUAUACCCAGUGGGGAGCAGGGCUCAGAAGGAUCAUAGGAUACCUCACUCAGACCCUCUGUGUAGCAGUCAGGGAGCAAACUGUAUGGUCAGCAAUGUGUAUGGGAAUGGUACUGUGGAGCAUAAAGGCUACAUACAGCAAGACAACAAACUGAACUACGAGUUCAGGAAUCAUCUGGUCCACUCUAUAAAAAGGGAACCCAUGGACUCCCCUACUUGGUCUGACAAUGGACAUGACAUUAGCCAAAUACCCCUGCAGAGAAAUAUGAUUCGCAACUGUGCAUUGAAUGAUAUUGUACACAAACAAAACCCAUAUAUCUACAUGCAAUGAGGUCAAUGGAAAAUCUCAUAAACCAUCUGGGCACCACCUUGCUUCUUUAUUGUAUUGAUGCAUAAUAUGGCAGGGUGGGUAGUUAUUUAAUCUCAGGUAAUCAGCAGUGUUACAAAGCAAAAAUAUAUGGAAGCAAGGAGAGGUGUUUUAAGGACUUUGUACAUAAGACACACAAGAUAAAUAUAACUUUUUUUCAGAUUUACAGGACCAGUCAAAAGUUUGGACACCUACUAAUUCCAUGGGUUUUCUUUUUUUUUUUUACAUUGUAGAAUAAUAGUGAGGUCAUCAAAACUAU